AUGAUCCCACAACAACCUUCAAGUAGUCAACAACAGAAGAAGAAGUCAUUGUCCUCCUCGAGAUCGUCUCAAGCAUCAGUUAGAACCACCACUUCAGAUCGGUUGAGUGCUCCUUCUUCUUCUUCAUCAGCACAACUGUAUACAGAAGCAGAAAGCAGCAGUAGCAACACCAAUGUGUCCAAGAAGAGAUCGUUCCAAGAUUUCAAUGAUGAACCACCCACCAGAGGCCAGAUUAUUCGUCCAUCAGCAGCCACACAACAAUCUCGUACUAGAUCACGUAUUCAAUUGACCCAAGAAGAACAACAAGAGGUUGAGAAGAUUAAACAUCUCAUACAAAAGAAUGAUCAUGCAGCGUUGGCCGAAUACCACAAAAAGUUCUUACGUGGUGAGAUCUCUGGUGUUGUCGUGUUGGAGAGCAAGCUUGCUUAUUAUAUUAGACUUGUACGAUAUUUGAGCGCUCAACAAAGGGAGAUCAAGGAAAGAAAGAAAAGAAAAGAAGAAGCAUCUGAAGAUGAGGUGGAUAUCAUCUACAAGUUUAACACAGAAGGAUCUCUCAAAAUCCCUCCGUAUGCCAUGAAGCAUCAAUCUGCAUGUGCCAGUUUUGGUGUGAAGAUGUUGGAACAAGGGCAAUCAUUCUUGAUUGCACAUCAAAUGGGCUUGGGCAAAACUUUGACAACCUUGAUCACUCUUUACAACUAUAACCGAACGGACAGUAUCAAGAAUAACGGCGUUACCUUAUCGUAUCUUGUGUUGGUUCCCAAAUCAAAUUUGAUGCACUUUAAGGAGGAAUAUGAUAAUCAUUUCUUCAAUCAAGACGAACCAUUUAUUUCCAACAUUUAUGUGAUUGCUAGCAAAGAGGAUGAAGCAAAAAUUGCAGAAUACUCCACAACUGGAGGGAUGAUUAUCAUGACUCACAACAGAUGUGCACGAGUGUUGGGCGAUGAAGAAAAACAAGGCCAUGCGAACAUCCUUAAAAAACAUACAAAAAUUUUGAUUAUUGACGAGGCCCAUGUCAUCAAGAACCCUGAUUCUGAAAAAUUCAAACUCUUCUCCCAAAUUGACACCAAGAGAAGAAUAUUAAUGACAGGAACACCUUUUCAGAACAAUAUGAACGAAAUAUUUACCCUCGUCAAAUUUAUUGAUCCCAACAAUACAAAUAUUAGAUGGAUUCAAUUAUAUUUCAAAGAACAAUUUGUUGAUAAAAUCAAAAACGAACCACAUAGCAAGUACUCACAAAUGAGAAUCAACCUUUUCAACCAUUAUUUCAAUAAGUGUAUUCAUAGAAAAGUUGAGGCUCAGGAGCUCGACGAUAUUGAAUCCAAAAAAUCAGAUAUUAUUAUCGAGUACAAACUCUCUAAAACCGAGCAAAGAAUUUACGAUGAAAUUAAGCGUCUUGCAAAACUUUAUUCCAAAUCCUUCUUCGCUUCUUACUUUUAUGAGAGAUUGUGCCUUGACUGCGUGGCAUAUAUAUGUGAUAAGGAGGUGCGAACAAUCGCACAAGCAAGAAUUGAAGCAAGAUUGGCAGACAUUGACGAAGAUGAUGAAGAUGAUGCAAAUAAUAACGAGAACUUGUUCUGUAACGACGUCAAGAAAUUUGUAACGAGCUUCAAAAAACCAUUGGAACAAACACGUUUGAAAGUGUUGCGUGCUUUGGUUAACGAGAUAAUUAGAACCAAACAACAGGUUGUCAUCUUUACUGGAUUAAUCUGUUAUGAAAAGGAUAUUAUGGCAUACCUACGCAAGGACAACCCCAUCGUUAAUAUUGAUACAUUUUCAGGAAAGCUGAAGAUUGAAGAAAGAAAACAAGUAUUGAGGCGUUUUAGGUCUGGUGAAAUUAACACAUUACUUGUUUCAAAGAAUUCAGGAGGAUUUGGAAUUGAUUUAACCAAUGCCAACAAUGUAAUCCUCUAUCAAUUAGAUUUCAACUAUUAUAAGGAUGAUCAAUGUAUCUGUAGAUUGCUCAGAAAAGGGCAAAACAAUGACGUUCGUGUUUUUAGAAUGGUCUGCGAGAAUUCCAUUGACCAAAGACUUUUGGAAUUGCAAACCAACAAGCAAAUCAUUUUCAACAACUUAUUAGACAAGAAGUACACUGACCCUUCAACGUUGGGUAAGGGUGUCAUUGACCCAACUCUUUGUACUCAAGUAUUUAAUAGAACGACACUCCCAACUAGCAUUAAGAACUUGGUGACAAGAUUCCAAAGUUUCAAGCCUGUUAAGUCAUCAACCGCAAAGUUUUCCAGAGAAGAAUUCCAAAGACACUUGAAAGAAUUUGAAGACACCUACAAGCUCAGUGCAAACCAAAACUAA